AUGGGCAUUUACACUCGGCUACCCGAAGGCAUCGACGAGGUCGACAUCAUCGUUGCCGGCGGCGGUACCGCGGCGUGCGUCGUUGCUUCCAGGCUUGCCGAUGCCGACCCCUCGCUGUCCAUCCUCGUAGUAGAGGGCGGGCAGAACAAUAAGGGCAACCACUUGAUUGCGUUCCCGCUCCUUUUCCCAACUGCACUGCUUCCCACCAGUACCGCAACCCUGUUCUACAAGGGAAAUGCGGAGCCACAGUUGGACAACCGCGAAAUAACCGUCCCAACCGGUGGUGUUCUGGGCGGAGGUUCGUCAAUCAACUUGAUGAUGUAUAGUCGUGCUCAACGCCAUGAUUGGGAUUCGUGGGCCACUCCCGGAUGGUCCACAGAUGAAAUGAUCCCUUUCUUAAAAAAACUUGAGACGUAUCAUGGCCCUGGCCCUGAUUCUGUUCACGGAAAAGAUGGCCCUAUUGUUGUGUCUCAGGGAACAUUCUGCUCUGAGCGUGCGACAGAUCAAUUCAUUGCUGCCGCCAACAAGGUAGGCUACCCGACGGUUAAGGAUCUUCAAGACCUCGACACCAGCAACGGCGUUCAACGUGCCCUCCGCUUUGUCGGCACAGAUGGUCGCCGCCAGGAUGCCGCCAGUAACUACUUGCAUCCGAGGCUGGAAGAUGGAGCACACCCAAACCUCCACAUCCUCGUUGAGACCAAGGUUAUCAAGAUCCUUUUCGAGAGCAAACGAGCUGUGGGUGUUGAGUUCAAGCCAAACCCUGCCUUCCAAAAGGACAACACCAAUGUUCAACGCGUCAAGGCCAGGAAGCUUGUAAUUAGUUCCUGUGGCGCUCUCGGAACCCCAUUGCUCCUCGAGAGGUCCGGUCUCGGCGACGAAGCCGUUCUUAACAAGGCUGGCGUUCCUGUUGUCGCCCAUAUCCCUGGAAUUGGCCGGAACUACCAGGAUCAUCAUCUCUUGACUCAGCCAUACUACAGUGCCUUGGAGCCAAGCGAGACGUUUGACGCCCCCCUGGCCGGUAGAAUUAACAUGGAAGAGUUAAUCAAAUCAAAUGCGCCAAUCAUGGGGUGGAAUGGCCAAGAUGCCUCCUGCAAGCUGCGUCCCACUGAGGCCGAUGUUACUGCCCUUGGACCUGAAUUCGAGGCGGCAUACGCAAGGGACUAUCUCUCCACUCCCAACAAGCCCCUGGCGCUAAUAGCUUUGUUAGGCGGCUUCCCCGGUGAUCCGUCCGCCAUUGAGCCAGCACAAUACCUCGCGACCUCUUUGUUUACCGUCUACCCCUACGCCAGAGGCCACGUCCACAUCACAAGCCCAGAUCUCGACGCGGAUAUUGCGUUUGAGACUGGAUUCUUGAACAGUGAAUUGGAUGUCAAGAAGCUCAUUUGGGCGUACAAGAAGCAGCGAGAAAUCGUGCGCAGAAUGGAUGCUUACCGCGGAGAGUUUGUUGGCGCGCAUCCGCCGUUUGCCGAGGAUUCGGCCGCGGCCCUUGUCAAGCUGGACAAGCCGAAUGACAAGAACAUCUCUGACAUCCAAUACACUGCAGAGGACGACAAGGUCAUUGAGGCCUGGGUGCGCAAGAAUGUGGGCACUACCUGGCAUUCACUGGGUACUUGCAAGAUGGGCGCGCUGGCUGAUGGCGGCGUGGUUGAUGCCGAUCUCAAUGUUCAUGGGAUUGAGGGCCUGAAGCUCGUGGACCUGAGCAUUGUUCCUCAAAACAUUGGCGCAAACACAGCCACCACUGCAUAUGCAAUUGGUGAGAAGGCAGCUACCAUUAUUUUGAAAGACCUUGGGCUUGCUGUCAGCCAGUGA